ACAUUCUCAGAGGGUUCCGACAUCGUCUUUUUUUUUCGCAGCUGGCGACUUUCAUCAUGUCGCAGGACCGGGGGAAGGAUCCGUCAGACUCGCUCACGACCGCCCGACAAGGUCAUAACAGAAAGACGUUUGACUCGCCGUUCAUGGUCGACCCGACAGUUGACGGCAAGCGGGACGACCCGGUGUGGCAUUUCGUGGCCAGAGGGCGUUAUUUGGAUGGGUCGACGACGACGGGCAGGAAGAGCGGUCGUCGAUGCCUGUGCAGGUUGUGCGGGCGUUCGAUUUGUGGGGGCGCUAAAGCCGUCAGGGAGCACUUCUCGAAGAGCGAGAAGUUUCGAUGUGAGGCAGCCACUCCUGCUGUGUCGAAUGCGAUCUGGUCGAAGGACAUGACAAAAUGUCCAAAGGAGUUCGUGUCGACCAUAGAAACGUUGCAGAGCCACUUGCCAGGUCAUCCAAGUUUGCAUUGGCCACCUCUUCGAUUCCCCGAGGACGCAGUGCCGCCGCUGGUUCCUCCCACCGCCCCUUCUGGAGCCGUCGCAUCGCCCAAUUCUGGGGUUCCGGCCAUUCGAGUCAUGGUACCGCGUCCUGCAACAACAGUUGCAACACGACCGGCAGCCCCGCCGUUUGCGCCGCUGGCUGGGACACGAGGUGCUCGCGAUGUGGGAGUUGGUCGUUCCACGCCAGCCAACGAGCCCCCGCCUCUGAGGGAUGGAGUGGGCUCUGCGGCAUUUGACGAGGAGAGCACACGUGCAUUUAUUGAGAGUCGCAAGUGGGGGGGGAGUGCCGGCAGUUCAGCGCCCGCGCUCGCCCCUGUUUUCAAGAGUGCUAGGCAAUCAGAUGUCGCACGGGGUGGUACUGCGGUGGCACCUGGCGCAUCACCCCGCAGUUUGUCGGAGCACCCCUGGCUGCCACCGCCACCGUCGAGAGCGGCGCAGCGUCCAAUGACUCGGUGCACUCCAGCAGGCGCCCCAGUCCACUCCACAGGAGCGGGUUUGGAGGACGGCGAGGCACGACGUGAGCCGCCUCCUCACACGAGUGACGACGGUCUAGAGGAGGGAGAGGUUGCACCCACUCCCACUUGUGGAAAGGACAGGGAGGACGAACGUCCUCCGACGGACCACAACGUCGGCCUCGACUGCCCGCCCGACAGUCUUCUGCCCACUGACGAGCUAUUCACCAUGGAUUCCGCCUUGGCAUCUCUGCCCGAUAUAUCGCUACUGAUAUCUCCCACUUUGCCGGUUGUGGCACCACCGGAGCCUGCUAGACGAGAUAACGCGCGUCGUGACAGAGGGUUCGACGAGUUUGGCGGCGACACGAUACAAGAUCCUCCUGAGUCCGGCACUCCCGCCAUUUUUCAUGUCGGUGCACCGUGGGUGGUGGAGCAGUGGUUGGCAGAGGAGGUAGCAGGGAACCGUCGUGGUGGACCGCACGUCGCAGCUCAACGUAGUCCGGAACGUUCACUAGAGGCAGCGUCUGGAGAUUUUUUGGCGCAGGGGGGUCAUGGUUCGCAGCUGUUAUCGGACGGCGUDUCAUCAGUCCAUCCACCAGAGGAGGGCCCGCAGCAAGAGCCACAUCGAGGGCCAGCAGAGACUUUAGAGGCGAGGUCUCCCGGAGUUAUCCGCUCGGACGGAGGCGAGGGCGUGAGCGAGGAUACAGCGCAGCCAGGGAGCGCAGAUGGUGGACGGUCCUUCAGGGGGGGCAUCGAGCGCAGAGGGUCAUCGACCGCACACCCCAGCAUUGUCAGGCCCAGCACACAUGACGUUGGAGACGGGCACACAGAUGAGCCUCGACCGCAUUUGACGGGGAUGCGUGACAUUAUGUGUCCACCACCCUCACGCCCCUCUGCCGCUGAUCUUGCCACCCACGGGCAGGCCGCGCCGAGCGCAUUGCCUACGAGGUCUUUCUACGACGGUGCGGGCAUGGACCGGAGGGCAGGCGAUAUCGGACAGACAUCAGCAUAUGGACCGGCAGAUGUGCCUGCGGGGGCGCGAUCGAUCGGCAACGUCGACGGCACUUGUCAUGAUUCCAUGAGAGCUUACGAGGAGCAGCAUGGGAGGCCUAUACGGGCCAAGACGAGCGAUGUCAACGACACCAGGACGGGAACUGCGAGGCUGUCACGGGCGAGGAAGAAGGGAACAGGUGUGUCGAUUCCGUAUCACCGGCGCCGCCUACAUCCUUUUUUCCGCAACAGGGACGAGACCAGACAGAUGCCAGCUGCCGCAGAUGGACAGGGUGGGGCGGAGGGAGGUGACAAAGUGGACGAAGUAGGUCGAGGUGAGAAGAGACGAGGCGGCACGAUCAUCCUCCACGACGACAACUCCACAGCCGCUGAGGGCGGUGAGACCACAGGCACCGACGAUCCUGAUGACUCCGAUUACGUCCCGAGGAUCCGUAUGGCAGACGGAGAUGACGGCGGAGGUCGUCGCGGCCCUGACGCAACACCAACUAUCCUAUCUCAGGAAUGCAACCGCAGCCUACCUGUGGCGUAAUGACCAUAAGCUCACGAGAUGCAUCAAACGGGUGGUCUGGGCCCAAGUAGCCCAACCAAGAAAAAAAGGUAGGCUGGCAAUAAUUGACCCAGGAGACCAAAUAAAAGCACUACCGUUCA